UUCUUGUUAUGAUUAGAUGGCGCUUUUGACGGAAAAACAGUGAUGUGGCUUUCAGAAUUUGCAAUGAAAAGAUUUGUCAAAGUAUGUUAAAAUGUUUAGUUAUAAACCCAUAUAUUUUGUUAUAUUUGCCCUAAUAUUUGUAAAAACUAAUGCAGAUAUAUCUGACAAGCGCCUAUGCGUAGAUGAAAAUUGUUCAAAGCUUAUAUCUAUUGGAAAGACUCUCCUAAAAUAUACUAGCACAGAUAAAGAUAUACUCUCUUUUGCUCCAAACGAAGAUGUGAAGGUGUUUAGUUAUGGUGCUGGGUCCAAACCAGAAUUAUUCGGUGUUGAAAUUAAUGGCAAACGAGGCUAUAUCAAUAAGAUGUAUUUUAGAGAAAUAGAAUUAAUCAAAAAACCUACAUUACUUGUGGAUAUUAAGAAGCCCCAAAGUAAGCCAGAUGUGCCUUCAGAAACUGUUAACAGUGAAAUUAGUGCAGACCAUACAAAACAGCCUUUUGAAAUUGUUGAUGGUACAGUUAUACCUCUGGAGCCUGAAUUCACUACCACAGUGCCAUUGCCCACAUUUGAAAAUGAAAAUGAAGUUCAAAAAGUCACUACCCCUCUAGAGACAGUGCCAGAUAUUCAAAAUAUAAAUGUUUCUCAAGAUCAAGAAAAGAUUGAGAAUAGUGCAGCAGCUGACAAAAUUGAAGAACACGUAAAAGUACCAGAUACAAAAAGUAUAAAUGUUUCUGACAACCAAAAAUUAGUUGAAAAUAAUACAGCUGAAAUAAGUGAAGAUCCCGAAGUCUCGAAAUUGCAAGAUACAAAAAGUAUAAACGAAUCAGAUGCCCAGAUUAAGGUUGAAAAUAGUGCGGCUGACAUAAGUAAAGAACCUGAAGUAAAAUUGCCAGAUACUCAAAGUAUAAAUGUUAAUGAUGGCAAGGUUGAGAAUAACUCAGCUGAUGUUGAUGAAGAACUUGAAGACGAUGAUAGUGGUAUUGAGGAAAUUGCUGAUGAAGAGGAUGAUGAUGAUGAUGAGGAAAACGAUGAAGCUGAAAAAGAUAGUGAAUCUGUACAGAAUAUUAACGACACAGUAGCUGUAGAUAAUGUUCUUCCAAAUGAUCAAUCAAUUAAUAUUACUGAUACAAAUAACGAAGACAAAAGUGAAUCUGUAGAAAAUAUUAUGAAUAUAUUAAUUCCAUCAGAUAAUGUACUUCCAAAUGAUCAAUCAACUAAUACUGAUUCAAAUAGUGAUUUUAGUUUUAAUAAUUCUGAAGAUAGUUUAAACAAUAGUACGUCAGAAGAUCUUGCAAAAGUUAGUGAAAUAGCACAAAACUUAACAGAAUCUAGUCUAAACAAAAGUGAUGCGGUAGAUAAUCUAAGGACUGAAACUGUAAAUAAUGUUCCUGUUGAUGAUCUAAAGAAAGAUGAUGAGAUAAUUGAUAAGAAAGUAGAAAAUACAGUUGAAGAAUUAAAUGUAGAUAAUGUAGAGGCUCUUGAUGUUUCUGAAAAAAGUAUAAAUACUGAUAAGAAAGACAUCUAUAAAUUUACAGAAGUUUAUCAAACAGUCGAAGAGAAAGUGGGUCUUCCAAUUACAACUGAAGUACCGUUAGAUGUAGAAACACCAUCCUCAAUAGAAAUAGAAAAUACAAGUACUGUUUCAGUUGAGUAUGUUACCGAUCAAAGCCUGAAUUUAGAUGAUUUUACUCCUGAAUUUAAAGACAUACAAGAUAGUAUUGAUAUAAAUACAAAUCAAAUGUUUACGGGAGAUAGUAUUGACGAUGAUUUAGAAAUAGAUGAAGUGCCAAACCAUAUUUUACACCAAGAAACAUUUGAUAUUAAUGCAGAACAAAAAAUAUCAGACCCAGAUGCUAGUUUGAACAGUGAUUCACCUAAUGAAAAUAUAUCAGAAGGAUUUUGGUCUAGUUUAACGUCAUUUUUUAAUUUUGGUUCACAAGAAAAUUAUCCUGCUGACCAAAGUGAAGAUCUCCCGUUGACUGCAGGGCCACAGCAAGAGCAAAUUUUUGCUGAACCGUUAAACGAUGAGUUUUGUACUAGUAAAGAUAAUAGAUGUCCAAAAGUUGAUGUAAAAGAAUGUCCCAUUUGUCAAGAUUCAGUUAUUCCUUCAAGUUCAUCAGAUAUCUCUUUAAUUCUGACCGAUAUUUUGAGCUCAAAUAUGUUUUUGUAUCUUGUUACAACUGCAUUAUCGGUGAUUAUUCUUGUUUUUGUUUCUGUAAUUUUUGACAAAUGUCGCAGAGAAGCACCAUUAAUAGCUAGAAUCAAUAAGCUGGAAAAGGACUUGCUGACUACCAUUAAAGAAAACGAAAUGUUACAAGAAAGAGUCAUUGAGUCGGAUGAUCACAGGACACAAUUGGUUGUAGAUUCAGUACCAAACGAAGUGGUUGAAGAGCUGCACCAGAAAUUAGCACAAAUGGCUAAUAUAAAACAAGCCUUAGAAGAACAAAUACAGGCUUUAGAAAAGGAGCUUGAUAACUCUACAGAGGUCGGGAUAGAGUUGAAUAAGAUUAUUUCAGAGAUGCUAAACUCUACAGAUGGAAGUGAAAUAUUAAAGGAGAACAUAGAACAAAUGCAGAAGAAACUAUUAGAGCAACAGGAUACUAUUAAUACAGUUAAUGGAGUAUUAAACGUAAAAGAAACAGAGAAUCAUGAACUACACUUGGAACUAGAUAUUAGUAAUAAAAAAGUAGCAGAUCUACAAGGAGAAGUUGAUAAGAUGGUAGAGAAAAUUUUGAAACUGGAAGAAGAAAAAGAUCGUCAAAAUAGUACAUUAGAAAAAGAAGUAACCGUAGUACAACUUAAAUAUAAAGAAGCUGUUGAUAAGGAACAGAUAUUAAAUCGAGAAGUACAAAGUCUAAAACAACAAUUAAAUGAUUCACAAAGAAUGGCCGAAAUAAAAGUAAAAGAAUAUGACACUUUGAAAAACAGCAUAGGAGAAAUCAAAUCAGUUAAAAAUAACAAAGAUGUUCUCAAAUCCUUAUUGGAAGUGACAGAAGUGAAAGCACAACUUGAACAAUCUAAAUCUGAGAAUUUGAGAUAUUUGGAACAAUUAAGCCAAGAGAGAGAAGUGAAUAUAUCUUGCUCAUCAAAAAUGCAAGCUUUGUUACAAGAAAUUACUGAAUUGAGAGGGAAAUAUGAAAAGGCUGAUAAAGAAAAAGUCGAAAUCCACACAAAAUUAGAUGUUUUAAAUAAUUAUUUUAAAGAAAAAGAAGAACAAAUGCAAAAGGAUAUUAGUAAAUAUGAAUCAUUAUGGGCAGCAAAGGAAGGAGAAGCCACAUCAACAACCGAACGAAUUAAAUACAUGCAAGAAGAACUACAAAAUUAUAAGGCCCAAAAUGAGAGCUUAAAACGGGAAAUCGUCAAUCAGGAGGUGGAUUUAAAGAGUCAGAUAUCGAUGUUGGAGAAGAAAGCCCAUGAAAAUUGGGUUGCCAAUCGACAAACAGAAAGAAAACUGGAAGAGGCGAGGCAGGAAGCUGCUCAGCUAAGGCACAGGCUGACUAUAAGAGAAAGGGGUUUAACUGAAGGCAAUAACCAAUUAAGAAUGCAGUCUCCCUUACAUCAGAACGGCGAACUACCAUUAUCCCCACCACCCUUGGACCCAACGCAGUCUCCCCCUCCCAUUUUCAAUCCUCGAGACCAUCUCACGACAUCGCCUCCCCUUCCGGGCAUGCCACAUUUUCUUCCACCGCCCCUGGGAGCGGCACCCUUCAUGCCACCCCCGCCGCUGGAAGGGAUGAUGCCUCCGUUCAUGCCUCCCUUACCUCAUGGAUUAUUCCCAGGUGAUCAUAGACCUCCUCCUCUAGGGAGAAUGAGUUCACCACCGCCUGUUGGUGGUAGGUAUACGCCGGAAUCGACUGUGUAUUCCGAAUACGAUAGGUAUGACCAAAGAAGUCCGUCGCCUAUAUACGAUUCAGAAUAUGGCGCAUCACCUCCAUCUAUGAGGACUUAUAGCCCUUACGACGAGCAUAGGGAUUAUAACAGAUCACAAGCCAGGAGUAACGGCAGGAAUCCAAAAGGUCUACAUAGUUCCGGUUCCGAAAACGACUCUUUAGGAAAAUCAAGUAAAAAACCUCAGCGAAAAGUCUAGCGAUUAGCCUGCUGUUUUUAUUACGAUUUUUAAAUGAUUUUCGAAACGUAUACAGGUCGAAAGGAAACUAAUAGUUUGUUUACCAAAGGAUUUUUCAUUUUAACGCACUAAACGUCAUACCGAUCGUCCUAUUCUAUGUUUUUUUCUAUAACUGUAAUUUUCACGUACGCUCCUUAACUUGCCUAAAAGUUAGUCUUUCAAAUUGUAUAAGUGUAAUCUUUAUUUUUUUUAUUGUUUCAAAUUUGUCAAAUAUUGUGUUAUUGUUAUGUAAAAAGUGUAUAAAGUUACUAUUGUAAUACAUUUAUUUGAAAACUGA